AUGGACUUGUUGGCCAAGGGCAUACAGCAACUUCAGCAACUACAACUUCGAAAGGAGACUCCGGAGCAGGAGCUGCUCAAGGGCAGCCUCGAGCUUCCCAAGUUGCCUGAGCUCUACCAGGAUGCAAGCUCGGUUUCGUACCUCGAGUGGAUCUAUGAGACCGGGCAGGUGAUCAGUUCGAUCACGGACAAGGCGGGAAUCUGGUGGAGUGUGGUUUUGGACCUUGCCCUGGAGGCCUACCACCGCUACCAGGAUGAGACCCCGCUCAAGCGUCUGAAGAUUACUUUGGGCACCCACCCGAACGCCGACGAUGAGAAAUGGGCCCGCCUGGACAAACGAGUGAUGGCCCUUCUGCUCCAGUGCAUGACGGCGUCGGUGAAACAGGAGGUCCUGAUGCUGAGGCUGCCCCAUGUGAAGGACGUGCUGUACAAGCUGUAUGGCGAGAGCCAGCAACCCCAGCAGAGUGGCCGGGCGGAGGCACUGGUUCGAGUCAUCAAGAGCCGGGUGAAGACCCUGCUGCGUGCGGCUUCUCUGCCUAUGUCCUGCUGGCCGCUUGCCGCACAGUUUUCUGCCCGACGACAGCGAGACCUAUCUCUCGGAGACCGAGCCGAUGAAGCGGUGCCGUUUGGAGCACCAGUGCACGUGAAACACAAGAGGUUCGGGGAAGGGGGAAGAUAUGAUCUUGCUGAACGCUGGCGUUCCGGCAAGUUCGUUGGGUAUUCGUCGGAUGUCCGUGGGGGAAGAGUGGUGCGCCAUGAUGAUGGGAGCUACACGACAUCGGUGCAUAUCAAGCCGUACCUCGUAGACUCCGACGACUUGGUCGAGCAAGGACCCUUUGAGAUGGAAGUUGAGGACCCAGUGCGGCGGAUUCGUGGGAAGUCCCGAAUGGCUUUCCUGGACGCCAACCCCAAGGACGAGCUCGACCAACAGGCCAAGGAGCUCAUGGAUGCUGAGAGCUAUGACUUGGAGGGCGUGACCGCAAUCUGGGAGCUUCUGAAACCACACGCGAGAUCUACUACAAGGUCAACUCAAGGCGAAGGGCUCCAAUGGUUGAUCGGCCAGUAUGUCCAUGGAGGACAAUGUGGAGCAACCUUGGACACGGAUCGUUUCCCCUGGGCCACGCUCUACCUGGUCAAGGCCUUCACCCACCUGACGGGAGAAAAGGAUUUCUCGAUCUUGUUGACUGAGGAUGUGGGAAUGAAGAUACACCGGGAUGUCCACAACCACGCCGGUCGGGACAACGUGCUUCUUCCUGUACUACCUUGUGAGCGUGGAGGGGGAGUUUGGGUAGAGACCGAGCCGAAGGACUAUGAUGUGAAUGAUGAGUGGCGGCAACUACCAAGGGGAGAUUGGCGUCGUGGGCGAGUACAUGAUCUUCAGCCUGGAGUCCCGGUCAAAAUCAAUCCUCGAAGGUUCCACCAGACGGAGGACUGGGAAGGGAGAAGGUUAGUUAUGACGUCCUUUACUCCAAGAUCAACCAGACUGAAGCCACCCGCCCACGAGAAAGUUUUCGGUUAUGGCUUCAAUCCACCUCCUCUACCACCACAAGUUCCCGAACAACUGCAACGGAGCAUCCUCAAGAUGAUGAGCUUCUCCGAGCCCACCAAGCGCCAGGAGGCUGUGAUGUUCCAGAUGAGAACCACACGCGAAGAGCGCCAAGAGAGGGCCCAGGAGAUCAGCCAGGAGCUACAACAGUUGCAGGAUGAUGUCCUUGGAAGACUUCAAGAACGACGGGAAUGGCUCCAGCAGUUUCUGGCUGAGGAGGAGAUCCUUGCCGAAGAGUUCAACACGGUUGGGGAGUCCAUCCGGGAUGAGAUCAAGGAGAUUAACGUGGUGGUCCGGGAGUUGAUCAAGGACGUGGAAGAUCAGGUCCGAUCUGUGGAGGAGCGGUGCAAGGACUUGUACCUCAAGGUAGCCAACGCCACGGAUGACAAGGAGAUCGGGGAUAUUGAGGAUUACCUGACCCACCUCAAGAAGGAUUCGGAUGUCACGUUGGAUGUCCCGCUGGACCAGGUGAAGGCGAACCUCGGAGAGUGGAUCGAGCCCAUGAACAAGGAGCUCGCGAACUUGGAGGAGAAGACGAAUGCGAUUGAGCCCAGGCCUAUGACCGAGGCAAAGAAGCUUGUGAAUGAUGGGUCGUUGAUACUCAUCCCUGGCAAAGUCGUGUUUACUGUCAAGCCUCCAGCUCCGGAGACUAAGGCCGAGAAGAAGUCUCAGGGGGCACGUUGGAAGCGCAAGGCCAGGAUCGUGAUCUGUGGCAACCUGGCCACUCAGUCCUUGAAUGGGCAAGAUUUGUAUGCAGCUGGCGCCUCGGUUGAGGCGCUCCGCUUGGCACUCGCUCUGGCGUCAGCGCUUGGUUGGAUUGCUGCCGCUACUGAUGUCUCAGCGGCUUUCCUUCAGGCCGAAUGGCCUACUGAUCGGCCAACGUACGGAGUGAUCACGCCGCGGAUCUUGGUGCAGGCCAAGCUCGUCCCAGACAACGUUGUGUUCGUGGUCAAACGGGCACUGUACGGGCUGCGGGAAAGCCCGGCUCUUUGGGCAAACCACAGGACGAGGACGUUGAGGGAGGUGAGUGUUGAUGCUCCUGAAGGAAGGGUCUGGCUCAAACCCCUGGUCACCGAUGGGGAGCUUUGGAUGAUCCUGCAGCUACCUCCGGGUGCUGAGCGACCACAACUUCGAGGCCUCUUGGUUUCCUACGUGGACGACUUACUGUACUUGGCGGCAAGGGCAAUGAUCCUUCUACUACACACCCGGAUAGCCGAGAUUUGGCCUUGCUCAGCCCUGGAAUUGUCAGACCAAGGCCUACGCUACCUAGGAAUGGAGCUGCUCCAGGAGGAGAACACCUUUACUCUUGGACAAGAGGCCUACGUGGCCAAUCUGCUUCGGCUUCAUGGACUGGACCCUGGCGAAAAGGCGGCUGUCCCGUGCCCGAAGGAGUGGAUCCAGGACACAGACAUGGACGGCGAGGCGGAGAACUUCAGUCCUGAGGAGCUCACUCGGGCUCAGAAGAUCACCGGCGAGUGCUUAUGGCUGGCAUACCGGACUCGUCCGGAUAUUCUCUACGUUACGAACUACAUGGCCGGGAUGACUGCAAGGAAACCUGUGAAGGUUUACAACGUGGGCUUGAAGGUUGUGGCCUACUUGAACGCCACGGCGGGCUUGAAACUGAAGGUCGAGUCCGAAGCAGUGCCCACAACAGAGCCAAAGCAGUCCGCAGCAGCAGGCAAGCAAUCUACGGUGGCUAUGUCGGUUUGCGAAGCAGAGCUGAUGGAGGGAUCGACAUGUGCCCUCUUGUUGGAGUCCACUCAAGCAAUGUUGGGCGAAAUCAUCCCGGAGGUUGGUACGCCCACUUUGUUCAUCGACAACAUGGCGGCGCACAACAUCCUCCAUGGUUCUGCUGGCAGCUGGAGGACGAGACACUUGAGGAUUCGGCAUUCCUAUGUGCUGAACCAGGUGUCCACUGGAUCUUUAAGGGUCUGCCACUUGGCUGGAGAGGACCAACCGGCGGAUCUACCUACAAAGCUCCAUAGCCGAGCGAGGCUGCUGCACCUACUGGAGGUUUGGAACAUGGUGGGUCUACCAGCUCUGGACAGCGAGAAGGUGGUCAAAGGUUUGAAGCUGGGAUGCCUCUUCCUGUUGAUGUUGGCGGUGCAAUCUUUGGCGGUGGCUGCUGAGAAGGAGCCUUUGCAGGUUACGGGAACGAGCGAACUCUUGUUGCUGCUUGUUAUGACCUGCAUCGCUGCAGUUGCGCUAUGGGAAGCGGGAAGAGCGGCCUACAAAUGGGCGGUUCCGAUCAUCUUCGCGAACAAGAAGUCCCGGAGAGUGCAUCGUCUGAGGGACUUGGCGAAGGCAGCUGCGGAAGCGGAGAUCGAGAAAUGGGUGGAGGAAGAGAAUGUCACCAGCGAGCAGGUGACAAGAUCCCUGAGGGAGAUCUUGAGAGAGGAACGUCAAGGCGGAACACUUCCCACGCCCUCGGGACAGAUCGAGCAUCUUUGGCGGAACGAGACCUACGACCCCGCCGAUUCCAAGGAGACGGACGCCGUCCCCUACACCAAGGCACUCAAGGUCGGCCUCGAGGAGGAAGGCUUAGCCAUGAGUGGCCUCAAGGACGACAUCGUGAGGUCAGCUACUUCUGAAUGGCUAGCCAAGUGGAAGGACGCUUGA